AUGUCCACCACCACCACCACCACCAUCGCAGGCGACCACGACAAGGCCGUCCUCGACUCCAGCCCCGGCCCGGCCGCUGCCGCCAGCAGUGGUGCCGCCCCCGUCCCAUAUGCCGCCCCCAGCGAAUCUAGCGACACACCAGAGAAGAAGGUAAAGGCGCCGCCAAAGGGCCACUCUGGUACCCAUGCGCCUCUCGACCUGCCCAAGGCGCGCUUCUGGGCCGUAUUCCUUUCUCUCAUGAUUUCCAUCUUCUUGUUCGCCCUGGAUCAACUUAUCGUUGCCACUGCUAUCCCAAAGAUCACCUCUGAAUUCGACUCGCUAUCUCAACUCACAUGGCUCGCCUCUGGCUUCUUCCUCACGCUCCUUUCCUUCAAUCUGCUGUACGCCCAAUGGAUGAACAUUUUUCCCUCAAAACAUGUCAUCGUAUUCGCCGUCUUCAUCUUUGAAAUGGGCUCUCUCGUCUGCGGUGUCGCCCCCAACAUGAAUGUGCUCAUCUUUGGUCGAGCCUUUGCCGGUCUCGGUGCCUCUGGCAUCUUCAGCGGCGGCAUGGUCAUCAUUGCCGAAUUGACGCCUCUGCAUUCGCGAGCCCAAUACUUUGCCCUGUUUGGUGUUUGCUUUGCUAUAGCCAGUGUCGUCGGCCCUCUUGUGGGAGGUGCUUUCGCCGACCACGUCAGCUGGAGAUGGUGCUUCUACAUCAACCUUCCCCUCGGCGGCGUCGCCAUUGCCGCCCUCCUCUUCUUCCAGCCCACUGUCCCCCCUCUCGGCCGCGCCGACUCUUACAAAGGCUACUCCAAAGACAUGCUCAUGCAGGUCCUCAAAUGCGACUGGGUCGGCGUCUGCAUCUCUAUGGCCUGGGCCGUCUGCUUCAUCCUCUUCACCCAAUGGGGUGGUGUCACCCGUGAUUGGAACUCGCCUUCCGUCAUUGUCACCAUCGUGUUCAGCGCCGUCUUGCCCCCACUCUUUUGCGUGUACGAGUGGUACAUGAAGGAUCUUGCGUACUUCCGAAUUCGACUCUUGGCCAGGCGUAACGUCGCCGGCGCGUCCAUCGUCUCAUUCUGUGUCUUUGGCCUCUUCAUGAUCCUCGUCUACUACCUCUCCCUCACCUUCCAAGCCGUGCACAACAUCUCCGCCACCGGCGCCGGUGUCCGCCUCCUCCCCCUCAUCCUCGUCCAAGUCGUCACCCUCAUCAUCUCAUCCCGCAUCAUUCCCAAAAUCGGGCGAUUCAAGCCCGUCGUCGCGCUGGGGCCUGUAUUCCUGUCCAUCGCGUCGGGGCUGUUCUACAGUAUAAAUUACAGUACGCCGCUUGCGAACCUUUAUGGGUACCAGGUAAUCCUGGGUGUGGGGAUUGGGUGUUGUUUGCAGAAUGUCAUGAUUGCCGUUCAGCACGACCUCAAGAAGGAGCCGUGGCUCAUCUCCCUCGGCACUGGUAUGGUCGUCUUUGUGGGUUUCGCCGGACGAAUUGUAGCCCUCUCAAUGGGAGGCUCCGUAUUCGAAAACAUGCUCCAACGCCACAUCGCCUCCUCCGUCCCCACCCUCGAUCCCUCCCUUCUCGCCGCAGUGAUCAACGACGCUUCCGCCGUCUGGACCGUCAUCCCAGACGACCUCCGUGUCCCCGUUCUCGAGGCAUACACCAAGGCGCUUUCGCAGGUGUUUGUGAUCGGGCUGCCGUUGAGUUUGAUAGCGUUUGGAGGGGCGUUGGUGAUGAAGAAUGAUAGGAUGGCGAGUAAGGAGGACGAAGAGAAGGAGAAGGAGGAAGUGAAGGCGAUGCAGGGGGAUGAGGAGCAGAGGGUUAGUGGGGAAGGGGAAGCGCCGGCCAAGAGGGAGAGUGAGGAGAAUAGUGAGGUGGCGCAGAAGGCUUGA